GGUGGUUUUCCUGUCCACACCCCUCCCUCAGAGGUGUGGGCGGGGGCUGGGCUCCUGGCUGCUGGAGGCCCCUGGCAGGGCUCAGAGCCACGUCCUCCUGCUGAGCUGAGCCACCGAAGCCCCUCUGCUCGGGGCCACCAGCUACCGAGGCCCUUCUGCUCGGCGCCACCAGCUGCCGAUGCCCCAUGAUGCCCACGCCCAACACUUCUGGCCCUGUGCCCACGUUCUUCUGGGCCAACGCCUCCGGAGGCAGCGUGCUGAGUGUUCCUGACACCGCGAUGCCGGUUGAAUUCCUCGUCCUGAGGGUCGUGGUCGCUCUGGCCUAUGGGCUUGUGGGGGCAGUUGGCUUGCUGGGAAACCUGGCCGCACUGUGGGUCCUGGGCAAUCGUGCUCAGCGAGCCCCCAGCCCGCCUUCCGACACCUUCGUUUUCAACUUGGCUCUGGCAGACCUGGGGCUGGCACUCACCCUCCCCUUCUGGGCUGCCGAGUCGGCACUGGACUUCCACUGGCCCUUCGGAGGCGCCCUCUGCAAGAUAGUGCUGACAGCCACCGUCCUCAAUGUCUACGCCAGCAUCUUCCUCAUCACGGCGCUCAGUGUGGCCCGCUACUGGGUGGUAGCCAUGGCCGCGGGGCCGGGCGCCCACUUCUCGCUCUUCUGGGCCCGCACGGCCACCUCGGCAGUGUGGGUGAUGGCUGCCCUGGUGACGGUGCCCACGGCUGUCUUCGGGGCCGAGGGCGAGGUGUGGGGUGUGCGCCUCUGCCUGCUACGCUUCCCCAGCAGGUACUGGCUGGGAGCCUACCAGCUGCAGAGGGUGGUGCUGGCCUUCAUGGUGCCCUUGGGCGUCAUCACCACCAGCUACCUGCUGCUGCUGGCCUUCCUACGGCGGCGACGGCGGCAGGACAGCACAGGGGUGGCCCGCUCUGUCCGCAUCCUGGUGGCCUCCUUCUUCCUCUGCUGGUUCCCCAACCAUGUGGUCACUCUCUGGGGGGUCCUGGUGAAGUUUGACCUGGUGCCCUGGGACAGCACCUUCCACACCAUCCACACCUACGUCUUCCCUGUCACCUCCUGCCUGGCCCACAGCAACAGCUGCCUCAACCCUGUGCUCUACUGCCUCCUGAGGCCGGAGCCCCGGCGGGCUCUGGCUGGCGCCUUCAGGGAUCUGCGGUCCAGGCUGUGGCCCCGAGGCCGGGGCUGGGUGGAGCAGGUGGCCCUAAAGAAGGUAGGCAGGCGGUGGGUGUCGAGCACCCCGCCCGAGAGCGGUCCUUCGGCCACGCUCACUGCCCUGGACAGAGGGACGCCCGGGUGAGUGCACCGCCCACUGAACUCUGCCCCUUCUGGGGUCUGCCUGGGCCGGCAUCCACGCAGUCUCAGAACAGGGGCCCUGGCAGCCAGGCCACAGCACCCUCAGGGAACGUCUGGUCUUGGACCCCCAGCAUUGGCCUUGGUGGAACACGGGAGGCCCGGGCCCAGUUCAGGGCUGGCUGUGAUGAAGAUUUGUCUGAAUGGAGCAGGGAAGAGGAGGAUCUGAAAAUAAACCUCUGGAUUAUCCACGAAUGGUCUUGACCCUUUGUCCCAGCGCUACCUUCAUUCAGCAUGGACAAAAGGAUUCUUUGCCCCAUGUCUGCCUUCUUUAAGAAGGCCCAGGGAAAGUCUCCCCUUGGGUUUCUCCUUCCUUCCUUCCUUCCUUCCUUCCUUCCUUCCUUCCUUCCUUCCUUCCUUCCUU